CACGGAUGAUUUCAUUAAGUCAGAGUCUGUCAUGAGUUCUGCUAGCGCCAUUCUGAAGCGCGCGGUUAAACUCGUACCAGCAUAUGGUUUUACCCGGGAAGCACUGGCCCUAUCCGCAACAGCCGAUUCUUUGAGUGAUGGAAAAACUCGCCUGAGCGACUCCGCUGUCUCGGCGCUUUUUGGACCCGGGGAUAAAGCAACAAAGGCUCUUGUGAUAGCCUGGAUGGAAGAAGGAUGCGAAGACAUGAAAUUGGCAGCUUCGGGCACCGGUGGUGUGCUUGGUAUGGAGGAUGUGCUAUCAAGGAGGCUCCGCUGGAAUGAGAACGUCUUGCCCCACUUGACGGACGCUUUCGCAGUAAUGAUAUCCUCAUCUACACCCUUUGUCCCGGUCCUCAACUUCCGUCCUGCCUUUGAGCAUGCGUUUGCGAUCGCAAAUGAGGCUUGUUACAUCGCCCAACCACCACCCAAUAUUCCAUCGGGAUGGUACACACACCGUGCGGUCAUCGCUGCCAUAUAUGCUGCAACAGAGUUACACCAGCUGACAUCACCCCAAUCGGCACACUCGUUCCUGCAAUCUCUGUUGUUCACAUCUCAGCAAUUAGGUGAAGUGGUGAGUGAGAUGGAGCCAUAUGGCGGGUUCAUCAUAAAAGGGUGGGCAGAGAUGCUGAAAGGAUAGGGGUUCAUUGAAUUAAGAAGCUCCACUGUUGUGUUUACAUUAGCAAGGAGAACGGAACAUCAGCAAACUCCCGAAGUUGAUAAAAG